AAACAUUAAACUGGACCCGCAUUUCUAAAAUGAUUUAACGAGUUUGGACUUCCAUCAGCAUUGUAAACUGGCCUGGAUGGUAGCUAACAAGGUACAGCGUAGUUACUGCAUUAGGCCAGAGUUGUAAACUUUUGACUGUUCCAGAUAGAUAGAUAGGAUUUAAUUAAUAAUCAUCCAGGGUCGGAUAUAAUUCCGCGUCUUAUUUAGAUUUGGGGUCAGUCUGUUGGUGGUUGUUGUUGGUGCACUCGGUCGGUUGUGCGCCUUCUAGAUUCAGAUAAAAUGUCUGAAUCGGAUUCGGUGUUCGAUCCAGCUUCGCCGGGGGUUAGGAAUCCACUGAUAUCGAUAGAGGGAAGUGGUCCUCAGCCUGGAACAGGCCACAAGCAUCCCGACACGCCAGGCCUACAGAAACAAUUCGAUUUACUCGGGGUGGACCAGGAAGAAGCCCGGCGUCUUUCGGCUAUCGGCGAGGAAGAUGACGAAGCCGACGAGGACGAGCCUCUCUUGGAGGACCUUCCGAGGAAGGAGGCUGUCCUGAGCAAUGCCUUGAGGCGAAGCAGUAGCGUGACCAAAGAACCGGAGCCAAGGCGUUUCUCCAUCAACGCGAGGCGCCGCGGGAGCUUCGGAAUGGGCGUCUUCGCGUCGCCAGAACCCCCCAGCCAGCGGCGCCCUUCACUCGUGGUCCAGGAAAUUCGGAGAAGGAGCAGCGCGCUUCCGUUGGUCGAGGAGGAUGAGGAAAAACAAAGGAGACCAUCGGUGAGGCGCGACUCACUAAUGGUCAAGGAGGUCCGGCGCCGGAGUACCCUGGUCACGCCCAGGUUCGUCCCUGAGGAGGAGGAACCGCCAAAGAGCGUCGAGGAAAAAGAAGAGUUUGACGUCGAAAAAGAUGAAGAAAAAGGCGCCGAAGAACCGAAAAGGGCAGCGUGGGGAGGCCAACUGGAGUUCAUCCUGACUUGCAUUGGCUAUGCUGUCGGCCUCGGCAACGUAUGGAGGUUCCCAUACCUCUGCUACAAAAAUGGCGGAGGUGCUUUCCUUGUUCCUUACAUCAUUAUGUUGGCUGUAGUCGGCCUCCCUCUUUUCUACCUGGAACUUGCAUUUGGCCAAUUUGCAAGUUUGGGCCCGAUCACGAUUUGGAGGAUCAGCCCUCCCUUGAAAGGUCUUGGCUACAGUAUGGUUAUCGCCUCCUGGUUAAUCUCCCUCUAUUACAACGUGAUCAUCGCUCACGUCCUUCUUUACUUCUUCAUGUCGAUGACCUCCGUGCUGCCGUGGACAACGUGCGAUAAUUAUUGGAACACGGACGCCUGCCGCAUGCCGCCAUCGAAAAACGAUACGCUCAAUGCUACCAUGACCAAUGGUACUUUCCUCAGCGCGGCCUCUUCCAUUAAUGCGACUGUUGCAACGAACUUGACCAAAACGCCAAGUGAGGAAUAUUACUACAACUACAUACUGGAACAGUCAUCCGGAAUCGAAGAAUUCGGCCUGCCCAGCUGGAAGCUCCUUCUCACUCUUCUCCUGGCCUGGGUCAUCGUUCUCGCUGUCCUUCUCAAGGGUAUCGAGUCCCUAGGGAAGGUGGUCUACUUCACUGCGAUCUUCCCCUACGUCAUGUUGACGGUCCUCCUCAUCCGUGGCGUGACUCUCCCAGGAGCUGAUCAAGGCAUCUUGUAUUACCUCAAGCCCGACUUCUCUCGAUUGGCAGAUGCUAGGGUGUGGAGUGAUGCCGCAACACAGAUCUUCUACUCUCUGGGUGCUUGUUCUGGUGGACUCAUUGCGAUGUCCAGUUACAAUAAAUUCGACAAUAAUUGUGUCAGGGAUUCCCUUAUCGUGGCUAUAAUCAAUUGUGCGACUAGUAUCUUCGCCGGUCUUGUCAUAUUUUCCGUCCUUGGUUUCAUGGCUGCAGAGAAGGGAGUAGACGUGGGCGAUGUUGCUACUGGAGGUCCAGGUCUUGCCUUUGUCGUCUACCCCGAGGCCAUCGCCAAGAUGCCAGUCGCUCCACUCUGGGCCAUCCUAUUCUUCAUUAUGAUGGCGACCCUGGGCUUCGGCUCCCAGUUUUCCAUGAUGGAGAGUGUCCUCAGCGCCUUCUCAGAUGAGUUCAGCAGCUUCAUCACGGGACCGAAGCAGGCAAUCAUCUUCAGGUGCAGCGUCAUCGCACUCUCCUUCCUGCUAGGUAUUCCUAUGAUAUGUAAGGGAGGAAUCUACUUGCUCAAUCUGGUCGACUACUGCGUCAGUGGUUUCCCCUUCCUGUUCGCCGGGUUCUUCGAACUGGUGGCCAUCAGCUGGAUCUACGGUUUCAAAAGAUUUGCGGAAGAUAUUGAGAUGAUGUUAGGAAAGAAGCCGAAUAUAUACUGGAAGGCGUGCUGGAUGGUCAUCUCACCUCUUGUUAUUGUUGUAACGAUAAUCUUCAAUUGUGUAUUAUACAAGCCCCCGAGCUUGGACGGUUAUUCAUACCCCGCUUGGGCCGAUGGCAUUGGCUGGCUGACCGCACUGUGGCUGAUCUUGAUGGUUCCUGGCUGGUUUAUAUAUCAGUAUGGCAAAGAUGGCGGUUAUGAUCUAUUGAAAGAAGCAGUCAAGCCUAGGAUCGAAUGGGGACCAGCACUGUCGGAGAACAGACAAGAGGCCUAUCUGGACAUUGACGGCUCUGAGGGAAACAAAAGUACCAUUUUUGCAACCCGGGAAAACAAGACUGCGAUCGUCGUCUGCACUAGCAAAAAUCGUCAGCAGAGGAACGGAAGUGCAAAAGGUCAAAGUUCAUUUGGUCCCAAGGACGGUACAGAGGAUAUUGAUGAAGCGGGAGACACAUGCGUUUGAACAUUUUACUCAAUAAAUGAUAAUUCCAAAUAUUGUA